AUGGAUAGACAAGCAGUCCAGAAAACAGAUGAGACCAAGGGAGAAAAGAAUAAUACAGAGAGCUUUGAAUGGAGGAGGGUUGGUAAGAAGAAGAUAACUAAGGAAGUACCGGUGGAAGAAGUCAAUGCUCUAGCAACAUCACAGGAGGCCACAAUGGGUAGGCAAUACCAGAAGGAACCAGAUGGAAAGAAGCCUGAAAAAACUAAUGGGUUUGAUGUUCUGUCACAGCUAGAUGGAGAUGAAUGGAACAAGGAAAAACCGGAGACAAGCACGAACCAGGAAUUGAGGGCGAAGGAGCAUGGUGAUAGCGGAAUCCCACUUGACCCAGCAAACGAUGAGUUCAAUGAAAAGGUGAGGAUUUGUGUAAUAUGGGACUCUAGUCUCCUUAAUGUAACAGUAGUUAAGAAGCAUGCACAAUUUAUUCACUGCUGGGUAGAGGUAAUUAGAAGUAGCAUGGGUUUCUUUUGCACCAUGGUGUAUGGAUCCAAUCAUAGUAGGGAAAGGGAUGAUAUGUGGGAGGAAUUAAUAGGAUUGGCUCCUAGAACUAAUAAAGCAUGGCUGGCCAUGGGGGACUACAACAACAUAUUGAGGAUAGAAGACAGACUUGGCGGGAACCCGGUAAAUCUGGCAGAUGUACAGGGUAUGAGAAGAUGUCUAGAGGAAUGCAGUAUGUAG